AGAGCCCCGCUGCGCCCCUGGCGCGUCACGGCUUUGCGUGCUCCUCCUCCUGCUGCGCCCUCCCUGCCCGCCGUCGGGCAGCCCCCCUUGGGCCCAGCCUCUCCUGCCUCGCGGCCGCCCGCUCCGCCCCGUCUGACGUUCAGCUUGCAACCAUGUCGGCGGCCGCGCGCAGACGUCAGGCUUCUGGCGUGAAGGGAGAAGCCCCCACCGCAGAAGCAGCAGCAGCAGCAGCAGCAGCUCGCGGAGAUGAGGAGCCGGGCAUGGCGGCGGCGCCCAGCCUCACCGUCUGCCUCAAGCUGCUGGCGGCUGCCUUCUACGGCUUCAGCUCCUUCCUCAUCGUCGUGGUCAACAAGAGCGUCCUCACCAGCUACGGAUUUCCUUCUUCGCUGUGUGUGGGACUAGGCCAGAUGUUGGCUACGGUGGUUGUCCUCUGGGUGGGAAAGGCACUCAGGGUGGUGAAGUUUCCAGACUUCGACAGAAAUAUACCUCGAAAGACUUUUCCACUACCUCUCCUGUAUUUCGGGAACCAAAUCACAGGACUGUUCAGCACAAAGAAAUUGAACCUGCCAAUGUUUACAGUCCUGAGACGGUUUUCCAUUCUGUUUACAAUGUUUGCAGAAGGCAUUCUACUCAAGAAGAAAUUUUCUUGGAGAAUUCAGAUGACAGUAUUUGCAAUGAUAAUUGGUGCAUUUGUAGCUGCAAGUUCUGAUCUGGCAUUUGAUCUGGAAGGCUAUGUGUUUAUCUUGAUUAAUGAUGUCUUGACAGCUGCCAACGGUGCAUAUGUAAAACAGAAACUAGAUUCCAAGGAGCUGGGAAAAUACGGCCUUCUAUAUUACAAUGCACUGUUUAUGAUUCUCCCCACCUUGGCCAUUGCUUAUUUUACAGGAGAUGCGCAAAAGGCAAUGGAAUACAAAGGCUGGUCAGACAAACUUUUCCUUAUACAGUUUACACUGUCAUGUGUAAUGGGGUUUAUUUUGAUGUAUUCCACAGUACUUUGUACUCAGUAUAAUUCUGCCCUUACAACUACAAUAGUUGGUUGUAUUAAGAAUAUUUUAAUAACCUACAUAGGAAUGUUCUUCGGAGGGGAUUAUAUUUUCACAUGGACAAACUUUGUAGGGCUAAAUAUCAGUAUUGCUGGAAGCCUGGUGUAUUCUUACAUCACCUUUACAGAAGAGCAACUGAACAAGCAGUCUGAAGUUAGCAUCAAGAUGGACAUUAAAGGGAAAAGCUCCGUAUGACAAAAGGGUCACUUACCAACAGUAACUCUUGAUUUUCAGCCGUGAUUGCUGACAAAUCGCUACAAUGUGCAGUAUCUCUGAACAGAAAUUGUAUGUGCAAAUGGAGAGUACCCAAUAUGAAGAUUGCUCGCUGCCUUUUAGAAUGAGAUAUUUAACUGAUAGCACAAAAUGUACAGCUGGUUAUUAACACUAGGCUGAAAGGAAUAAGGCUUAAACAGUCACAGCCUAUCUUGCACCAUUGUGAAGACAAAUACUUCUAAUGCUCUAGUCUAUAGCUUUUAUAAUCUUGAGUGGAGCAAGAAAAUGUGUCCUAAAUAUUUCAAAAUGAACUGAGGCCAUUGUGCUAAAAGGCCCAGUGUUGACUCAAUUCACUCAGCAUAAGACAGCAAUCAAUUUCUCAUCGAAAUGAAGCAGACUGUAGUAACUAAGGAUGCAAUUCAGAUCACUUAAAUCCCAAUGGAAACAACUUUUCGGCCCACAGUAAAGUAUUAUUAACUUCAGCAGUAUUUAUACCUAUGAGGCUUGUAAAGCACAGUAGUUAGGUGGGAUUUCUUAUUCAAGAAUCGGCAAGAACAAAUGGAUUCUUUUGCAAGGAAUUCUUUUCAUAACAUUGUAAUGCCCCCAGUAUGAAUCCCCCUUUAAGCUCAGACUCAUCUGCAAAAAUGAAUCUAACUCUAAGCAAGUUAUAACUUAAAACAUUGUAACUAGGUAGCCAAAACUGUUGGGACUAAGUAGCUAAAGGCAAUUCAGAUGUAAAAGAAUACUGAACCAGUGCCAUACAAAUUCAGUUAUUUGUAAUAAUUAUAUUUAAUAAAGUUAUUUGUAAUAUUUGCAUUUUUACCCACCUGGGUACUUCUGCCCUGUGUAUCCAAGACUAACCAACUGACAAUAAAAAAGUAUAAUAGUACUGAUGCAGGUUGGAGAGGCCGAAACUCCCAGGUUCUAUUAGAAACAGUAUUUAACAACAUUUUUCUUAAGAAAAAUGGUUAAGUUCCAAAAAUAAUUUGAAAAUACAUUUUUUUAGAAAUUUAGAUGGGAGAAAUUGAGGAACACAAGGUCUAUAAAUAUAUUCAAUAUAUUCUGUCAGUUAAAAACAGGAGAACUACAGCUAAUCUCUCAGUGCCAGAGAUUUUAAAUGCCUUUAACUAAAAUGCAAAAUAGAAUUGGCUUUGCUAAUUAGGGAAGCAUCAGAUUAUAUAGGUAGAGAGAUCACCAAGAAUUUUCAUCAGGUGUGGAAGAGAAAUUUCAAGAUCUGUAGCCAACGGAAGCACUUCAACAUAAAUAGGAACUUUGCUGCCUGCCCACACAUGCUAAUGACACUAAAGCCAGAUGAGGCAACAGCCAGCCUCUUCUCAUGAGCCAGGUGAACGGGUUCUAAUCUAGACUCCAUGGUGACAAUUUUCAAGACGGUAGCUCAUUCAGAGGCUGUUUUCCUUAACUUUGGUUAAAGGGCAGGCCAACAAGACAACUUGCAUAAAACGAGUUCUGGGGAGAAGAUACAGAAAAUUCCACUAUAGUUUCUCUCUCUGCAUCAAGGAAAAAUGUCUUAAUAGAAAAAGCAACCUAAACCACCAAAAACUUCUGAAUCCAAGCUGCAAACCUAGCUUGGAAACUAAACGAUCUAGACCCGACUUUGGACCAGCAAAAACUAGCACAUUCCAUAUACUUAACUUUGCAUACCACUUCAUACAUUCAGGACUUGGUGUAUCAUGUUCCUUCAAGUGCCAUUUAGUAAAGCACAAUAUUUAAGGAACCUUGGCUACAGUUCUUAAGCCCCACGUCCUAUGUACCUUUUUCAAAUGGAGGUUGGUGAUGCAACUAAGACUAAUACUGGGAUUUACCUUUGCAGUCCCAAAAGAAGCAAUUUAUCAGAUUGGUUUCUUUGGGUGUAGGUCAUCACCUAGUUGAUGACAUUUACCAAUCAUUUUUACAGUGUUUAAAUUUCAGUACAUGUUUAUUUUCAGAGUAAAAGUCUCUAUUCAAUCCAGAUUCUGCACUUUAAAAAAGCUGAAUAAUGUGACAUAAAUUAUAGUUAAUUGUGUACUGUGAUUACACGGAUUGUUCAUCCUCCCUAGCACAGUAACCAGUGAUCCCUGGUUAGUGUUAAGCUCACACCAGCAAUCCUGGUAAGCCAAGUCCAACACUCAAUGCUCUGCUUGAUGUAAUGCAAAGCCAGGGUUCAUGAUUUGUUACUCCUUCCAAUGUUAGGGGAAGAGCGUUAACCAUUCAGACUAAAACAUAUUGAUGUGUAAACACAAUCUACAUAUAUGCACACACACAGAAUUGUAGAGUUGGAAGGGACCACAAGGAUCAUCUAGUCCAACCCCCCGCAAUGCAGGAAUCUUUUUGUCCAUCAUGGGGCUUGAAGCCAUGACCCUCAGUCAAAUUAUUGUUGCAAAGUUAUAUAUUGUCUCUGGAAUCUGCAUCUGUUACCCUUUUCUCUGCUUCUAUGGCACUGGUAUGCAUUCUGCCCUGUUCAUAACCUUGCAUGUUGCAGAACAUUGGGGGAAAAACCUUUAUAAACCUUAAUACGUUUCUCGGUGUGUGAUGCCCUUUCCCACCCAUUUCAAAAAAUCCACCUUUCAAUGCUUUGAACAUGAACACGCCUUAUCCAAAAGGAAAAAUGCACAUGCUGCUGGCUACUGAGAAGAGACUUAAAAAGGAGGUAAAUUUUAACAGCAAGGCAGUUGCACACCAAUAGCCCAAUAGCAUUUGGUCUAUUUUUGUUUCAGAAGAUUGUUAUGAAAGCCACUGUAAGGGGGGUGGGGAUUGUUAUUCCAUAAAGUCUACCUUCCUGUAUUAUUCCAAUCUUAAAGGUGAAGCAGCAGCAGUAUAAAAAAUGUAAUCCAUAAAUCUAGCAUCUUCCCCUUUCUUGUGGCACAUCUUUCCCCUCAAAUCCCUAAAGUUUGAGGUUUCUCGAUCACAGCUAUAUAUUAUGGGCUGAAAACAGGAGAGAAUAGAUACAUAAAUACUAAAGAGCCACCUUGAUCUGAAGUUGCAUGUUACAGUUUAAUUGUUACCCUGUUCUCAUUCAUUAACCUCAACAUAUUGUGUGUGCAUGCAUAUAUUGGACACAGUAUAAGCCCCAGUUGCACACUUCAUACAUACUUGCUUUUUAGAGAGUUGGGCUUCUACAUCUGCAAUCACUGGUCGCAAACCAAUGGAAAGAACACACCAGAUGUUGCACUAAUGUCAUUCAUUUCAGUAGAGUCCUGUAGCUUCUUUUUGGGCCUCAUUGAAACGAAUGGUGUAUAUCGUCUUUUUUGUUGGAUCUGUACUUUAUCAUGGUCGCGGUGACCUGUAGCCACUUUAUAAUACUUCAGUUCCCCUACCAACUUCAAAUCUAAACAACUGAGAAUUCGGCCUAAGUAUUCAUUUUUUAGGAAAGACUAUACUGGCUUCUUAUGCAGAAUACAAGACAUUCCAUUCACUUCAAACAAACACCACAUAAAUUUUACAACUCUAGCAAUUAUGUAUGGUAUUACUCACCACAUCAUUGCCUGUCUUACUUUCUUCCCUUGCACAAGAGUCCUGCCUAAAAGUACCAAACGCUGCAAAACACAAGUUCAUAGAGAAUAAUAUAUGUAAAUAUUUGUGCAAAUAAGAGUAUUUGCAUGGCCUGACUACAGAAAAUGUCAUCUAUGUAUAAUGAAUUCCUGAUACAAUCAAAUUCUUGUAUUUCUCUCUCUAAUCUGCUGUACUGAGGCAGUUGCUCUCAGGGUAUUUGUUACAGAGAUUUUUUUUUAAAAAUCAUGUAAAAUUGUUCUGAAUGCAUUUGCAUUUUGUAAAAACUUUGCAGUGCCAAGUUCUAUAAGAUACUACAUACACUGGGAAGAUAAAACAAAAAUUCUUACUAGUUUAUUUUGUAUGCUGUUAAUUUUCCUCUUAACUAUUUUCAUAUAUAGAAUUUAUUUACAAGAUUGAGAAUUCUAGCAUUAAGGGUCAACUUUUUUUUUUUAAUGUAUAUUCUGUAGGCUUUAUAUACUGUAAGUAAGAGGAAACCAGAAGGAAUUUUAUGUCCAUAUGUAUUUUUGUACUGGCUUAGAAAUAAAUUUUGAGACAAUUUU